AUGGCCACCGAAGUGGUAUUAGCCGACCAGAGUCAGAAUUACGACAUCAAUGGAAAGCACCCUCGAUAUGUACUCGAGUUAGAGGAUCUAAACAGGGUACGAGAAGAUGAAAAGCUAGGUGUGUCAACGGUCACUGAUGUGUUGUUGGGCGAUGAACCGCAGCAUCGUGACGAACCGUACCGAUCUCAAUCACGUCCCUUGACGAGCUUGCCCACCUCGGCUCAUCCGCUGUUCCCACCGCUUCCUUCCUACGGCCCCCCCUCGAUUGCCUCGUCCCUGAAGUAUCUGGUGAUUCGAUGCGUUUCUUUCGUACUGUCGCUGCUAUUCCUGGGCGUUAUAGUCGGUGGUGCGCUGGUUACGCAGGCUAGAGCUUGCGUGGGCAAUUUUUGUCUAUGGUUGAAAGGGAGGGAUCCCAAUUCGCACCGAGUAUUUUACGAGGAAGAACGAACACGAAAAAGAGAGCGACAAAAGGAUCAGCAGAAAUGGACCCGGCAGCAGAAGAAAAAAGAUAUUGAUGAAGAAGUCCCUGAAGAGUGUCCUCCCCUGGAAGGUGGGAAGGACCCAAUCGUAUGCGACGUGGCAUACUAUGCCAGGAGGGUUGGCCUCGAUGUGGAGACGUUCAAGGUGCAAACGGAGGACGGGUAUAUUCUCACUCUGUGGCAUGUUUAUAAUCCACAGGAACACACGCCUUCGUCUGCGAUAUACAGGCGAUAUCGUGGACCGGAAGUUUUUACAGAGGUGAAGAAUCCGCGUUUGUCUCCAGGUGCGGGUCGGAAAUACCCCGUUUUGUUAAUCCACGGUCUGCUGCAAAGCGCCGGUGCAUACUGUACCAACGAUGAUGACAGUCUGGCUUUUUAUCUGUGCAAGUCGGGAUAUGAUGUCUGGCUUGGGAAUAAUCGCUGUGGCGUGGAGCCGGAGCAUAUCUCUCUGUCGCCAUCUGAUCCCCGUAUGUGGACUUGGACUAUCCAACAAAUGGGGGUCUUUGAUCUCGCAGCGUUCAUGUCUCGGGUGCUGUACGAGACUGGGUUUGAAAAGCUAGGUCUCGUGUGCCAUUCGCAGGGCACUGCGCAGACAUUCGUGGCGCUGGCCAAGGAACAGCGACCGGAACUGGGCGAGCGCAUAUCGGUGUUUUGCGCUUUGGCACCGGCUGCAUAUGCCGGACCGCUAGUCGACAGGGUGUACUUCCGCAUUGUUCGAGCAAUGUCGCCAUUCUUAUUUCGGAUGACGUUCGGCAUUCACUCUUUUAUACCAUUCAUGAUGACCAUGCGUGCAUACGUGAAUCCCUGCCUAUAUGGCACACUAGGUUACUACGUUUUCUAUCAUUUGUUUGGUUGGAGCGACACCCGCUGGGACCGAGGUCUCCGCGACCGCAUGUUUCAAUUUGCCCCUGUGUAUGUCAGUGCUGAGACCAUCUGGUGGUGGCUUGGUGCGGCCUCGUUUUCGAUCCAAAAAUGCAUUCUAGCUACGCGCGAAACCUGCCUGCUGGAAAUGGAGGAGGAAAACCGUGCGGGCCAAAGACUUGAUGAAGGGGCCUCGCGCACCGACACUGCAUGGUACGGUCCCCAGGUGCCUCCGAUGGCGCUUUGGGUUGCAGGAUCGGAUGAUCUUGUGGACGGGCGGCGUCUGUUGCAGCGACUGCAGAACGGUCGCGAGCCGCACGUCCAGGUCGUUCAUGCCAAGGUCAUUGACGAGUACGAACACCUGGAUGUGUUGUGGGCAAUGGACGCUGUGGAUCAGGUUGGGUGCGAAGUCCGUCAGGUGCUCUGGACUACUAUGCCUGAAGACGCGCGGGCAUUGUGUCGGGUUCCCCGGGGGGGUCAGUAG